AUGAUUGGGGACAUCCUGCUGUUUGGGACAUUGCUAAUGAAUGCUGGGGCAGUGCUCAACUUUAAGCUGAAAAAGAAGGACAUGCAGGGCUUUGGGAAGGAGGCGUGGGAGCCCAGCACAGGUGACAACAUUAUGGAAUUCUUACUGAGCCUCAGAUACUUUUCAAUCUUCACCAUCCUGUGGAACAUCUUCAUUAUGUGCUGCAUGAUUGUGCUGUUUGGCUCUUGA